AGGGUAUCGUGCUUCGUCCUGGUUGUGGUUGGAUCUGAACAACCCGGAUACUACUCCCACAGAGACCAAGACCCAGGAGAAUUCAAACGUCUCUGUUCUACUCACUGUAUUUGAUUAUCUUCUUCAUUUCAUUUUUAAAGCACUCCCCAAUACGAAUCAGUUUCAUCUCUACGCCCAUGGUCGUCGUCGUCUGUGAUCAUCUUGUUCAUCCACUCUAGGUAAAUCCUCCUCCCCAGCCUUGCUCCCGCUCUUUCUUCUCCAAUAUGGGCAUUUGGAUUUGCGUCCGAUUUCUUCAAUUCUUUGUCAAUUUUCUCUGUUCUUACUCCCCAACUAUAGUGUCACUCCGGAUCUAGACUCCAACUCAAUCCACCCACCAUCAUGUGAUUGCUUGAUUCAUGUUGUUGGGUGUGUUGAAAGUUUCAUAUCUUUCUUCACAGCUAUUCCAAUUAGAAACCAACACCAACCAUGGUGUUUAAUUUCAUUGCCAAUUUCAUUUCUUCUUUAUCGAGUCGUCCUCAGGGUGGUGGGUCGGUUAUUUCCCCUCCUAAAUCUGCCGCGUUUGCAUUUGCUCACAGCGCACGCAACAAGAACUUUCUGAGACUCUCGUCGUCUCUCCAGGAUUUCUCAUCUUAUAGCCACGUUGAUAUCGAAGAUCCCAAUAUCGCAACUGUGUCACAUUCGAAACCUCCUCCUCAUUCGUUGCAGAGAGAGGCCGCUGCCUCUCCCUCCAGCUUUUCCAAGGAGAAAUCGCUGCCAGGAGGAGGAGGAGGUGCUUCGUUUUCGCGCAACAAGUGGGUUCGAGCAUUCAUAUAUCUUUGCUGUGUAUUGUUGGUUGGUUUUCUGGUUUAUUUGGUUUCCAUGUUGGUUUAUUCUUACUGGUUUAAAGGAGAGCCGAAGUACUAUAUUGUGCUUGAUUGUGGAAGUACUGGAACUAGAGUUUAUGUAUAUCAGGCAUCCGCUGAUGAUAAUGAGAAAGGUAACAGUUUUCCGAUUGUGAUGAAGUCAUUAACAGAAGGUCUUCAGAGGAAACCUAAUGCACACACCGGGCGAGCUUAUGAUCGGAUGGAAACUGAGCCUGGGCUUGACAAGUUGGUGCACAAUGUUUCCGGCUUGAAGGCUGCAAUAAAGCCACUUGUUCAAUGGGCGGAGAAGCAAAUUCCAAAGGAUGCACAUAAGACAACGUCCCUCUUCCUCUAUGCAACUGCAGGGGUUCGUAGGCUGCCGAGUAAUGAUUCAAAAUGGCUUCUAGAUAAUGCAUGGUCUAUACUCAAGAGGUCGCCUUUCUUGUGCCAAAGAGAUUGGGUUAGGACUAUCAGUGGCCUGGAAGAAGCUUACUUUGGAUGGAUAGCCCUUAACCAUCACAGGGGUAUGUUUGGGGCUGGACCUAGAAAGCCAACAUUUGGCUCGCUUGACUUGGGUGGUUCAUCACUGCAGGUUACAUUUGAGAGUAAUGAACAUGUACAACAAGACACCAGUUUAAAAAUUAGGAUUGGGACUGUUUACCAUCAUCUCACUGCAUAUUCUCUUGCCGGUUAUGGUUUAAAUGAUGCGUUUGACAAGUCUGUGGGUCGUCUCUUUGAAAGGCUUCCAGAAGUCAAUAAGACAGAACUAGUAAAUGGGAAGGGAGAACUUAAGCAUCCGUGCUUGCAGACUGGGUACAAGGAGCAGUACAUUUGCUCUCAAUGUGUUUCGAAAAUCCAAGAAGGUGGCCCUGUGAUUGCAAAAAAGAAUUUGGGUAAAGGAGGAAGGUCAGGGGUUCCUCUGAAGCUCGUUGGUGCUCCAAACUGGGAAGAGUGUGGUAAACUAGCACGAGUUGCUGUUAAUUUAUCAGAAUGGUCCAAUAUAACCCCUGCAAUGGAUUGUGACGUGCAACCUUGUGCUCUUCCAGAUGGUUUACCCCGGCCUUCUGGAAAUUUUUUUGCAAUUUCAGGAUUUUUUGUGGUUUACCGGUUUUUCAAUUUGACUUCUGAGUCGUCACUUGAUGAUGUAUUGGAAAAGGGCCGGCUAUUUUGUGAAAGAACUUGGGAAGUUGCAAAGAAGAGUGUUGCUCCACAGCCUUUCAUUGAACAGUACUGUUUUAGGGCACCAUAUAUUGCAUUCUUGCUGAGGGAGGGCUUGCACAUUAUAGACAAACAAAUCACCAUUGGUUCUGGAAGUAUCACAUGGACACAGGGGGUUGCUCUGCUGGAAGCUGGAAAGACACUUUCGAUUGGACUGGGGUUUCGCAGUUAUGAAAUACUCCAGAUGAAAAUAAACCCAAUAUUUCUUCUUUUGGUUUUGUUUAUAUCAUUGAUUUUACUCCUUUGUGCAUUAUCAUGCAUUGGCAAUUGGAUGCCAAAGGUUUUCUGGAGGCCGUAUCUCCCGCUGUUUAUGAGCAAUAAUGCCUCUUCUGCAUCUGUUAUGCAAUCUCCUUUCCGGUUCCAGCGCUGGAGUCCUAUUAUUCCUGGGGAUGGCAGAGUAAAGACGCCUCUAAGUCCGACAGUUGCAGGUGGUGUCCAACAAAGACCAUUCGGAUUGGGACAUGGUCUCAACAACGGUGGUGACAUCCAACUAAUGGAGUCUUCCUUGUACCCAUCAAGUAGCAGUAUAUCCCAUAGCUAUUCGGCAAAUAGCCUGGGCCAGAUGCAAUUCGACAGCAGUAGCAUGGGCUCUUUCUGGUCUCCUCACAGAUCUCAGAUGCGUCUUCAAAGCAGGCGAUCACAAUCUCGAGAAGACUUGAACUCUUCUCUUACUGAGGCACACAUGACAAAAGUUUAAAACAUGUUCAUCUGCAAAUUUUUGAUUGUUUUGCAGGUGAGUGUUGAUCUGUUAACAAGGCUGCAAUGUACUUGGGAUCUAGGGUCAUGUUCACCAACAGUGCUUCACGGAUUCUGAAAUUACUUGGUACCAUAAUCAUGUUCACCCCCUCUGAAUAUCGCCAAAGUUCACUUUCGAUCAGGGCUGCGGAUCUGCUGAGCACUAUACAUGAGGCAUCCGCUUGAGCUCACUUUCUGAUCUGAAUCCGCCUGAUCUGAUCAGAAAUCCAACAAUCUUAAAUGUUCAACACUACACAUAUAUGUCUAGUCUAUGAUUCACAUUAGCAGUUUAUUAACACAAACUUCAUUGUUUCAUGAGUUAGCACAUUUUGACAUGAGAAAUGAUGAAAGAUGAUAUAUAGGCAGCGAUUAUACCAAAGGUGUACAAAUAUCCUCCUAUACAUUCAGACAUUGUUUAAAUCAAACUAGUCCGUUUCAGGUUUC